UCGGAUUUACUUAUAUCGAUUCAUCACUUCUCUGGAAAUACAUUCAUAUAUUUGGUAAUUUGUAAACAAAUACUCCGUACCGCAAUAAUAAACAAAUAAACAAUGAAAAACAAGAGGUUAAUGCAUCCGCGAAAUAUUUUUCGGACGCCUCCAGACUACACCGCUUUGGCAAUCAAGUACAAAGAUUUUCGCAAAGUUUGUAAACUGGAGCUCAGUGGAAAGGUAUGCAUCGAUUACCGCAAUGAGUUCACCUUACGCGCGCUCACACAAAUGCUAUUGGAAGAAUACUUUCAACUACGUGUAGAAUUCGCACCCGGCAGUCUCAUACCCACAUUGCCGCUCCGUUUGAACUACAUUCUAUGGUUGGAAGAUUUGCUCACAUCACUUAAGCUUGGAUCAACACAAGAAAUUCGCUGCAUAGAUAUAGGCUGUGGCUCGUCUUGCAUUUAUACUCUGCUGGCGUCACGUAAAAAUUCAUGGCACAUGUAUGCAAUCGAAUCAAACGACACGAAUCUGAAUUAUGCAGAAAAGAACGUAGAAACAAAUAAGCUACAAAAUUUGGUAGAAAUCUUCAAACAGAUUGACAAGCAAGUCGUGCUUACAGAUUUUUUCCGCACCAGACAGGAUGUAACAUUCCACUUUUGCCUCUGCAACCCACCAUUUUAUGAUUCUACGCUACCCAAUCCUUUUC